GAGAAGUCUUCUUACAACAGAGCUCUGACAGUUACACUGUCGUCACAUUGCGAAAGGAGAGAAUAAAGUAAAACCUGGAAGCAUGAACAACAGUGGAGUGUCUGGCACUGUAGAGGACUUUAUGAAGAUUUCAAAACGGCUGUUGUACACCUGAGCGUCAUGCAAGACCAAAGGAAAGGAGACAGAGAAACAGGGUUGGCCAUCGUGGACUCUACUGAAGCCCCUCACCUGUACACAUCAGACGCGUGCUUCACUCACCUCAGGGAGGAACAAAAUUUCUCCAUGUUGCAAAAAGUAACCAGAGAUUCAGUGAGGCAAUACCUUCAAUUCAGACCUGACCAAUCAGUGAUCAUCUUGCAUGCCAAAGUGGCCCAGAAGUCUUAUGGGAAUGAGAAAAGGUUUUUCUGCCCCCCUCCUUGUGUGUACCUCACUGGACACGGAUGGAAACUCAGACAGGAGCAGCUUAAAGCAUCAGGUCUAGGUGAGUCCAGUUGUCAGCUUUUCGGUUACAUGGGUCUGGACAGCUCCACUGAUCCACGGACAGACAGUUUCAAGCUGAGCUUUGAGGAGCAGACAGACAAGAGGAUGUUUGCCUGCGCUAAAACCUUGUAUAUCUCAGAUACUGACAAACGAAAGCACUUCCGCCUGCUUCUACACCUGUUUCACAGCGGAGGGCAAGAAAUCGGCAUGUUUAACAGCAGACUCAUUAAAGUCAUCUCCAAACCAUCACAGAAGAGACAGUCCAUGAAGAAUGCUGACCUGUGUAUUUCCUCAGGCUCAAAAGUGUCGUUAUUUAACCGCUUGCGGUCACAGACAGUCAGUACACGUUACCUGGCGGUGGAAGACGGGGCUUUUGUCGCCAGCGCGAGACGAUGGACGGCAUUCACUGUCACUUUAGUGGAGGAGAUGCAAGCGAUUCAUAGUGAAUACACCAUGUGUGACAGCUACAUCUGUUACGGCUGUGUGGUUCAGCUGGUAUGCACUGACUCAGGAGUGGCGCUGCCACCAAUGGUAAUACGUAAGGUGAACAAGCAGCAUGCAUGUCUAGACGUGGAUGAGCCCGUCUCUCAGCUUCAUAAAUGUGCUUUCCAGUUCAGAGACAGCAACCACAUGUACCUCUGCCUGUCCAAUGAGAAAAUCAUACAGUUCGAGGCCUCUCCGUGUCCUAAGGAAAGUAAUAAGGUGUUGUUGAAUGAUGGAUCCUGUUGGGCCAUCAUUGGAACAGAGGUGGUUGAAUACACCUUCAGUGAGAGUCUAGCCGGUCACCCGACCACCAUCAGCCCUGUGCCUGCGAUCAGUGGACUAGAGCUAAACGGAGGGGGACAUGUGGCCAUGUUGGAGCUUCACGGAGAAAACUUCAGUCCACACUUAAAGGUCUGGUUCGGUGACAUGGAGGCAGAGACCAUGUUCAGGUCCUCUAGGUCUUUGCUGAGUGUCGUUCCUGAUGUGUCUAUAUUGAGUGGCGAGUGGAGAUGGAUGAGACAACCAAUCACAGUGCCCUUAUCUCUGAUCCGAUUUGACGGGCUGAUCUACAGGAGUUCAUACUCGUUUACUUACACACCAGAACACAGCGCCCCCUCUCAAGCAAACGCCACAGCGGAGAGAACCGCAGACUCGGACUCGCUCAUAGACACCAUACACCAGGAGUUCACUCGGAUGAACUUUCACCUAUUUAUGCAGAGCUGAGAACACACACACACUUUGAACCAAGGAUUAAUCCAGGCGAAUAUUUAUGUCAGAUUACUCUACUCUCUUGUUAACACUAGCGCUAACAAGAAAAACUCUCCCAGCAUGGAAUCACAUGGUGCUUUAGGGAGCUUACACACUAGAGACCGCUCUGAUGGAGCGUUUGACAUGUAUGAAUGCACAACAUCCAUGGAUUGAGGCUGUGGAGAGAGCCUAGUCAGUCUGAAAUAGAGUUGGAAUAGAGUUCAUUA